UUGUGGCGAGAGCGAGGCUGAAGCGUGUGUUUUUUUUUCCUUUACCGGCAUUUUGCCCAAAUCGGGCGGGCGGUGAGGAAGGAGGAGGAGAAGAAGGAGGGGGCGGGACGGACCGGACGGGACGAGGUGAAGCAAACCAAACGCCCAAGUGUGUGAGGAGAAGUCGGGGGGGCCCUCCCCGGAGCGAGACGGUGGGGUGGGAGGAGAGAGAGAGAGAGAGAGAGAGAAAGGAGAGAAAAAAAUAUCGUCCGAGGAAGAGAGAGAGAGAGGGACGGACGGACGACGACGACCACGACACGAGAGGCCUAAGCGGCAGUCGGGAGGGGAGGAGUUGGGGGGAGGGGGAGGGAGGGAGGAGAGCGGGAGCAGAGACGAGCCGAGCCCGUCCCGCGGAGCGCGAACAUGGCGGAGAACGACAAACUGGAGAACCAGAGGCUGAAGAAUUUCAAGAACAAAGGGCGGGAUCUGGAGUCUAUGAGACGACAACGAAAUGAGGUGGUCGUAGAACUACGAAAGAACAAACGAGUUGAGCACUUGUUCAAGCGAAGAAAUGUACCCCAAGAAGAUGUUUGUGAAGACUCUGACCUUGAUAGUGACAUCAGAGUGCAAAAUACAUCACUAGAAGCAAUAGUACAGAAUGCUUCCAGUGACAACCAAGGACUUCAGCUCAGUGCAGUGCAGGCUGCCAGGAAGCUGUUGUCUAGUGAUCGCAAUCCACCGAUAGAUGAUCUAAUAAACUCUGGUAUUUUACCUAUUCUUGUGCGCUGUCUAGAGCGGGAUGACAAUCCUUCAUUACAGUUUGAGGCAGCAUGGGCUUUAACAAACAUUGCUUCUGGCACUUCAGAACAGACACAAGCUGUGGUUAAAUCAAAUGCUGUCCCACUUUUCCUGAGAUUGCUACAUUCUCCACAUCAGAAUGUGUGUGAGCAAGCAGUUUGGGCUUUAGGCAACAUCAUUGGAGAUGGACCUCAGUGCAGAGAUUAUGUCAUAAAUCUGGGAGUUGUAAAGCCCUUGCUUUCUUUCAUUAGUCCAUCUAUUCCCAUUACUUUUCUUCGAAAUGUCACAUGGGUAAUGGUUAAUCUGUGCCGUCACAAGGACCCUCCUCCGCCAAUGGAAACUAUUCAGGAAAUCCUUCCAGCCUUAUGUGUGCUUAUUCACCACGUAGAUGUUAAUAUUUUAGUAGAUACUGUUUGGGCCCUAUCCUACCUAACGGAUGCAGGAAAUGAACAGAUUCAAAUGGUGAUCGAUUCAGGAAUUGUUCCUCACUUGGUGCCUCUGCUCAGUCAUCAGGAGGUCAAAGUUCAGACUGCAGCAUUACGAGCCGUUGGAAAUAUUGUAACUGGUACUGAUGAACAAACACAAGUAGUCUUGAACUGUGAAGCUCUUUCUCAUUUCCCAGGAUUGCUCAGUCAUCCUAAAGAGAAAAUCAACAAGGAGGCGGUGUGGUUCCUCUCCAAUAUCACAGCUGGGAACCAGCAGCAAGUCCAAGCAGUGAUUGAUGCUAACCUUGUUCCAAUGAUUAUCCACCUCUUAGACAAGGGUGAUUUUGGUACUCAAAAAGAAGCUGCUUGGGCAAUAAGUAAUCUAACUAUAAGUGGGAGAAAAGAUCAGGUUGCAUACCUAAUCCAACAAAAGGUAGUUCCUCCAUUCUGUAACCUGCUUACAGUGAAGGACUCGCAGGUAGUGCAAGUGGUCCUGGAUGGGUUAAGCAACAUUCUCAAGAUGGCAGAUGAUGAGGCGGAAACAAUAGCGAACCUAAUUGAAGAAUGUGGAGGUUUGGAAAAGAUUGAACAGUUACAACACCAUGAAAAUGAGGAUAUAUAUAAACUGGCAUACGAGAUCAUUGAUCAGUACUUCUCAACAGAUGAUAUUGAUGAAGACCCUACCUUGGUGCCAGAAGCAAUUCAAGGUGGAACAUUUGGAUUCAACUCUUCCACCAAUGUUCCAGCUGAGGGUUUCCAGUUCUAAAAAAAAAAGGCAUACUUCCUGGAGUUAGAAAAAUAAUGCAGCACUAAAAGGAAGGUUUGAUCGAUCGUGCUUGGCUCAUGUGGGAUCCACUGCUGUAUUAAAUCAGAGAGCUAUUUUGCAGAAUGCGUUUGGUGUCCAAGAAAAGCCCAAAUGAAGUCAAGCUGGCGAGUGGGUGCGAAUGCGCGUGAGAGUGGUAAAUGUUUGAAAAAAAUUCACAGUGAAUACUUUUUAGGUUAAAACGAAAAUGGGCUGAAAGUCAGAAGGAGAUCAAUGUCUACGAAGCAUCUAAACAAAGAUCGAAUUUGAUUAUCUAGAAUCAGGAGAAGAAUGAAGUGCUACAAGUCUUCAAACUUCGUAAACCAAGAAAGGAACAACAGAGUCAGAAGGCCGAGGCUAGGAAGCGCUGUGUGAAUGGACCCACUGUAUGGAUGUCUGGACUCAGUACUGUGGAGCCAGGUUCAUUACUUGAAAUCUUGGGCUCUGUGAUCACCCGUGAAGUUAAAACUCCCAACUCAUGGAGUUCUGUGUGGAAGAGAGUAGUGUAUGGGCGUGAUGUUGUAUGUGAACGCAUGCAAACUUGAUUGCCUUCAAGGGGCUAAUGAAUAAACCCAGAAAACCACCAAUAUGAGUUUGUUUUUUUAUUAAUAUUUAAUAUACACUGGAGAAUUUAAUCAAUUUAGCAGCAGUGCAUUAUAUAAUUUACCUGUAUUAUUUUGGGUUGAAUCUUGCAGCAUAUGCAUUUUGCUCAUUUUGUUUUACUUUCACCUUAAUCGUUCUAAUUUUUUUAAGAAAGUUCGUGCAUCUUGCGUAUUUUAUUUGUAGUUUUGAGUUGAAAAAAAUACUCCUAACUAAACAAUUGCACCAGUUGAAGUUAAAUGCUGCAAGUUGCGUUCCAUAAAAAUCAUGAAUAUAGUAAUGAAUUAAUUGAGUGAUAUAAUGGUAAUUAGUUGCUCACGUGCAUAAAUUCUGCAAAGAAGAAAAAAAAAGGCACAUGUACAUGCUCUGCUGCAUAAUUAACUUUAAAAUGUUGCCAUAAUUUUUAAAGUGCAGGGAUCUUCAAACACCAGCAGUGUUGUGGAAAUAGUCAUCUUUAUAGUCAUAACUUGGGUAAAUGAAGUUGACUAAGAUGUUCAAAUCACCUUGCAUGUAUUAAUUGAUGUCGAUUUCUAGUUUAUUUCAGCUUUUUUUGGUUAGCUCCUGCAUAGAAUAUAGUACUAAUAGCCUUUUGAGGGUAAAUGUGCUGUUGAAAUAUUUGUUUCCUGAUUUCCUGACAAAUAGACCAUUUGGAUUAAGACUAAUUUUAGUUCUUACUUUCUGCUUAAGGGGGAUUAAUAGAGGUAUGUAUAGAUGUAUUAAUCAAAUAUGAAACCACCUUUGGCAUGUUUGAUACUUUUAGGAAGGAUAUUUUUAAAUUAGAUACAAGUAGCCAUGAACAAUCUUUGAGCCACUUUAAGAAGAGCGUGCGUUUCAAGUGACUUGCAUUCAAACUAUGCAAGUUUUAAGAUUCUGAAAAGUAAAUGCCUCCUUGAUGAGGUUCCAGCACACUAAAUUUGGUAAGUUUUAUUUAUUAAAGGAAAUGUGUAACACCUCUUGGUAAGGUGGCUCAUUGUAGGAAAUGCUGUGCCUUCUCUCUUAGAGCACAAGUGUUGCAUGAACAAGUUUUGCUGUAUUUAAGGUAAUAGUCGCUAAAGGGAAGUGUGAAAAUAAUUACCUGGUUCCUAUUUUGUGUUGGAAUUUAGAAUAUUGUAGACUGGAUUAAUUGUAGUCGUAAUUUCUUUUGUAAAUUAGUUGGGUUACCCUUGAAGCAUACUUUUGUCAUUCGUACACAUGCUUUGAAAGCUCGACAAAAAUUGGAAACGGCAGAAAACUGGCUUGCUUACACUGUUUUCUGUUAGAGUGCAAGCAGUCUGUCUUAGAGCAAAAUAAACUUAAUGAAACUAUUCUGUGUGGCUUGAUAUUCCAUUGUGGCAUUGAUGCAUUAAUUUCUAGGUUCCAUUUGGUGGACUACUAUAUUUUUAAAAAUUAGAUCACUAAUAAACCUGCGAUUUGCUCAACCUUUGUGCUGUAGAAUACAUUUCUCAAGGGGGUGGGGGGGGGGGGGAAUCUCCCGAGUGUUCAAAUCAAAUGCUGGUAAUGUCAGGAUCUUAAUUCUCAAGAGUUAUGUUGGUGAUCUUGCCUUUUCUAGUGGAAUAUUCACGAAUGGAGAAAUGAGGUCACUCACUGAUGGUGGUCUAACCUGUAUUAAAAAGCUUUUAUUGUCAA